ACUGCUGAUAACACCACCCCCACGGACCAGGCCGCCUCCACAACAGCCCUACCCCUCUCCAAACUACCUCCCACGACCACCUCCGCCCCGAGCAACCCCACUCCACACCCCACACCCCCACUGAUCCCGCCGCCUCCUGGGACCCACCCCCACCCCACAGAUCCUGCCGCCACCGAUAACGCCACCCCCACGGACCAGGCCGCCUCCACAACAGCCCUACCCCUCUCCAAACUAACUCCCGUGACCCCCUCCCCCCCGAUCAAACCCACUCCACACCCCCACACCCCACGGACUUACACCCUCCACACGCCUCUCCACAAUCAAGACCCAUGACCCUCAUGGACACUAACCCCCUCAGUAUCCCACCUCACCACAAACCCCCACUACAACCCUCUACAGUGGUGCCUCGCUUAACGAAUGCCCUGCUUAACAAAAUUUCCGCUUAACGAAAGGAUUUUUCGAGCGGAGCUUGCCUCGCUAGACGAAUGCGUUUUAUGAAAAAUUUGUCUAGCGAAUCGCGGUUUCCCAUAGGAAUGCAUUGAAAUUUAAUUAAUGCGUUCCUAUGGGCAAAAAAAUAUUCAAAAAAUAUUCAGUGCAUUCCUAUGGGAUUCACUAGACGAAUUUUUUCGCUAUAAGAAAAGACCCGUGGAACGAAUUAAUUUCGUCUAGCGAGGCACCACUGUACCCUGAAGACCCCCCACCCACAAUACCCUCCCCAACCAAUACCAAGACCCCCCAAGGACCCUCACCUUUCCUCAACCCUCCCCUCCCACCCCCCAAAUACCAGGAUCACCCAGAGAACCACACCUCCCCUGGGUGGGGAUUACCGGGAAGAAGGAGUUGGGGGAUUCACAAGGAUAAGCGAUGGGGUGUGUGUGCAAACAGAAUAGAUCAUGGAUCGGGACAGGGUUGGGGCAAUCACAGGGAUUAGCCACAGCAGUGCGUGGCAGGGCCAGCUAGUACAUCUAUAAAAUUAAAAUAGCUCUAAACAUGCUUGAAAGCCUUCCUUGAAGAUGCACAGAUUCUGGAGAAGGGACUGUGAACAUGGAAGCAAAAUAGGAUGCCUGUGUUCAGGAAGAAGGGGUUGAAUUGUGUUACAACCCACACUGCAGCAUGACAGUACUAGUGCGAGUCUACUGCUAACCGCUAAAAGGUCAGUUGCAUCACCAUGCAGUGGGAAUGUGGUUGCAGCUGGACCAUUAUGGUACAGGUUGUUUAUAGCUUUCACUAUAAUCUUCUGCUCAGCCAUAAAUUCCUCUCUAGUGUCUACCAUCAAUGCAGUAUUAUUGAAGAUAGGAACAAAUUUCUUUUUGAUUUGCUUCAUAAAACAUCCUCUUCUGUUUGUGGAACGAAAGUCUUAACCAGGGGCAGAGGAAGAGGGGGCCCCCAGCUGCGCGAUCCCAGUGGGGUGGUCCACGCGAUCCCAGAAUGCACGCCAUGCCCCUGCGGGCGGUGCGCCCAGCCCCCGGGACGCGCACCAGCCCCACCCCCGCCUGCUCUCCGCCCCCAACGCCGGAGCAUGAAGCUCCACCACUGGUCUUAACAGUCCAAGUUUACCAAUGGGAACCAAGAUGCAGGCAGAUGAGCCUGGUACUGCAGUUGUUUUUUCCAGCAUCCUUGGACACUUACCAGGCUAUCUAGAAGUUAGUUAUUUGUAUGUGCUACACCCCAAUUCUCUUCUGCGUGAUUUUAAUUUUUAAGAUAGGAUGCUUUCUGGUUAUUGUUGUUUUAAAAUAUGGCAAAGGACAUUAUAUAGCCCAUUUCAGCGUUGUGUUUGAACUUCAAUGGGUGUAUGUAUUUUACUGGGAUGUUUAUUAAGAAACAAGAUAAGCAGCAGCACAUGUGGGUGUACACCUGUGAUCAAGGUGUUUUUUAAAGGAUGGGAACAGGUGAUGGCUUUGCCAGCAGCUGCAUUUUAUUAUUUGCUCCAGUUUCCCUUGAGUCUUGCAAUUUGGACCCUGACAUCUCAGAAGAGAGCUUGCAAGGAUUUGCCAGUAUACUUCCUAACAUAUUAAUGUAGCAGAAGGGAGUAUUUUGUUAUGUUCUGACUUGAAUACAAAAAAAAUAAAUCUGUUGAGAACUCUGGCAUUUUAGGAGAGAAUGCAAACUCUACAAAUCGUAAUAUAAUUUCUAGUGCAGAGCUUAAAGACAAACUAGAAGACUGAGAAGGGAAACAUACUACAGUGUGGAGGAAUGGAAUUCAUGACCUGUAUUCUGAAAAGCCAGAAAAUCUCAAGAUAAAAAAAUUAACUGGAUUAUAUUGCCUUUCAAAGUACACUGCAUUCCAAGGACCUCUGGACAUCAUGAAUCACACUGUAGUAUAUGAUACCUCAGAAUCUAUGGAGCUCUGUGCUUUUCAUCGACUCUAUCUUAAGCCGGUAGCGAAAUUGACAAUCUGUGUGCUGCUUCCAGAACAGACCGGAUCUACCCACGUAUCAAAGUGGGAAGUGAUUGAAAAGCUGAAGAAUAUGGUUUGUCCAGACCGGUUCACCAGUGUUAAGCUUAUAAAGAGCACUAAGGGUUUCAUUCUGUUUGAGGGAGAGGCAGAAACCAAGCGCUUGGUUUGUAGCCUGAAGGAGAAGCUUCAUGGCAAGAUGAUAAAAGUCAGUUGCUUCAAAGAUGAUUUGCAAGUGGUUGUCAUGGAGCCAUUUUCUGAUUUGCUAACUGCUCAGGAGUUGGAACCCACUUUGAACACUAGAGAAUUGCCAGAGGAAGACUUAGCAGAACAAAGAAAGGAUAGUCCUGAUUGCAUCCAUUUGGAAGGAUUGCCACGCAAAUGGUUUGCAGUAAAAGGCUCAGGUAGUCAAUCACCAAGUGAAGAUGUCUUGAGAGCAGUGUUUGAAAAUUUUGGGAAGAUCAAGAAUGUAGAUAUCCCUAUGCUUGACCCUUAUAGGGAAGAAGUGGUGGGAGGAAGCAUGGAUAAUUUGACUUUGCGUGCCCUUUUGAACCUGCGGACAUUUGAAGCUUUUGUCCAAUACCAGGAGUCCACAUCUAUUUCAAAAGCUAUGGAGACAUUUAAGGGAAUGAAGCUGAUGUUUAAAGGGGAUGAUGGAAAAGCUCUUGCAUGUAACAUCAAGGUGACACCUGAUACUACUGAUCAUUUCAGUGAGAGUGCUAUAAUUCAGAGAAACCAGGAAAAAUUAACUCUGCAAGAACUAGAGAGAGCGCGAAAGAGGGAAGAAGACAGAGGGGGAAAAGGGAUUGAAAGAAAACGACGCGAUGAUGAAGAAAAGAAAAUUGGAGAAGGAAAGAGGAAGAGACACGGGAAAAGGCAGAUAGAUUGGGAUUUUAAACCCCCAAGAAAGCAGCAGAAGGUAACAGAUGAGGAAGAUUUGUGGACAGAGAAGAUGCUCAAUUGGGAAGAGAAGAAAUACCAUAUAACUCGGAAAAGAGUGGAGUCUACGAGGCUGCUUUCCUUGCUCUUAAACAAAGUAAAAGACGUUGUACUAGCAUCCAAGCAAAUAGGGCAGCCUCUGCUGGAUCUUGAAAACAAAAGGGAUAAUUACUCCUCUGUAUCUCAGAUACAGAAUGCACCAAAGGAACAAGUAAACUGUCUUGGGCAAAAAGUGUCGAAGAAUAAGAGAGAAUCCAAGUGUCAGUCAGCUCAAUUGGCUGAUGCUUUUAUUGAGGAGGAGGAGGAGGAGGAGGAGCAGUACAUUCCAAUUAAGUUGCCUGCAUUACCUCAUCCCAUUCAGAGAAAUACUUUGAAGAGGCCAGUUGCUGGAACCAUCACCAGCUACUUAACAGAUGUGGAUCCAGACAGCUCCCAUGACAGCCACUUGUUAGUUGGGUGCUCCCCUAAAGCUUCCAGGGAAGGAGAAUUCAAGAAGCUCAAGGUAUACGAAACUGAUGAAUUCACACAUUAUUUACUCAACUGCUAUCAAACCCCAAAAUAUGCACGGGUCUUUCCAAGAGUGCAUGGCCCAGUGGAUAAGUCUCAGUGGCAGAGGGUGGUGUAUUCCAAUGAGAACAACCUCCAGAUUAACCUGAAGAACAAAGAUAGGCAGUGUAUGACGGAUUUGAGUUGCGUACCAAAUACCCAAGAGAAAAGCUCCAGAGGUCGUGAUAACUGGGAAGUAAUAGACGAGGAACCUGAGGUCAUGCCAAAGAGCCGGGCGUGUGCUAUGGAGUUUGCAAAAAACUAUCAGGUGUGGUGCAAAUAUCUGUCAGAUCAGACUGAAGAAGGAACGCCGCAUGGUGAAUUGCCUAGACCUGUCCUAGUAAAUGCAACUCAUGAUAGAAAACCUCAAGCAGAAGACACUGAAAUGAUGGCUAUGGCAUCAUGCAAGCCAGUUGGCCGUGUGAAUAAAUUGAAGGAUGUAUUGGAAGAGAUCAGCAGUGAUUCUGAAUCCUUCAGUGAGGCACUUAAUGAGUCACGAAAGAAAAAAGAAAGAAAAAACGGUGGUAGGUGGAAGGUGUGGCCCUUCGGAGAGCAAAGGGUGAGAGAAUUUUUGAUUCGUGUCCAAAAUGUUGCUUAUGAAGAUGACACUGAAUGCAGCAAACGCAGUUUCUGCUCAAACUCUGAGUCAGCAAAGCACUCCAAGCAAAAGCUUAUGACAACAUGCAAAAGAACCAGCAGCAAAGUAAGGCGUGAAGUACAAAGAGUCAAAUGGACAUCUAGUGAUGAGGAGAGGGGAGCUGGUAGGAAGAAGAACAGAGAGAGAGGUUCUGGAAACUAUUUGUCUGAUGACGAACCACAGUUCUUUAAAGCAAACCACUGUGAAGGGUUGGAGUCUCUUGGCAAGAUGCAGAGGAAGUAUAGCAAGAUGCUCCAUCACAAAAUGAAAUGUAAAACCCUUCACACCUUGCCAGGGGAAGUAAAAGCAAAAUAUGCCACCCAUUUGGGUGGGUCUCCUUUUCAAGAAGCCCACCCAAAGGCAGAUAAAGAGGAAUGUAGACAUUAAUAAGACCGGUGAGAAUGGGUGUGAAAUAAAUGAAAGGCAGAGAAGGCUAGCACAGGAAGGGGGGUGAUAGGGCAGGUAAGAGAAGGUGAGAGAAGUGGUGGGAUGGUGAGACAAGGAAGUGAGUGGAGCAGGGUGGGGGCACCUUUCAGUUGUUGCAAGUCCCUUUUGGCAUUAAUGAGCAGCUCCUUCACUCUUGAGGUUUUGCUGCAACUCCUGGUUUUCAGGGGACUUGCUGUUAAGAAAAUAGGUGGAAACAGAUGCCCUUUGUUUCCUGUCAAAAUAAUUCACUCCAUAUGCAGAGACAGUCUGUGGAGGAGAACUUGGAAGAGGAUGCUAACUUGGUUGGUCUUGGGGGGGGGUGAUGGGGGGUGGUUCUUGAAAGCUCAAAUUAGGCCCUCUUAAGGACUUUAAAAUAAAUCACCUUUGGUGAUUUGGGUGCUCUGCUUGGGCUGCUGUGCAUGCUGGCAGAGCGUGAGAGGGCAGACACAGCUUGGCAAAAACUGGUCAACAGAUUCAACAUCUGUACUAAUGACCAAUUUUUUUUUAUUAAAAAAAUGUUAAUGCAGUGCAUGAUCUACUCAGAAUCUGAGCCAAGUGAAGUGAAUGGUCCCUGCUGAUUUUGGAGGGAGCCACAGAAUAGGAAAAUGCUUCUUAGUAACUGUACAGUUAAAGGAGUUAGUUGAACAAAUUGUUUAAUUUAUAAGAUUAAAAAAAGAAAGUGCCUCCUCAGUGAUGUCAGGAAGGGGAUGGUGUGAGAGAUGAAACAUUUAUCCAAAAGGCAGAGAAGAAACGUGUUUAUAAUUUACUGCAAACGUGGCAAUUUUGAGAUACUCAAGCUUUUUUUUUUAAUUAUUACCAUUAUUUAUUUUGCAAGAAGCCUUUUAUUUUAUUUAUUUAGAAAGAUUUAUAUGCCACUUAGUCAGAAAACUCUGUAAUUAGCAUAGAUUCAUCCAGCAUUGGGCAAUAUGUGUUGUGUGCCAGAUUCUGCUUCUCAGUCCAGACCCUUUUUGUGGCAGGCCCCUUUGGGUUUAUUGGAAUGGUUUGAGUAGAAUAACAGGUGCUAUGGUUUGAAUGGCUACUCCUUUAAUUCUGCCUAAAUCUUCUGCCCUUUAUUAUCCAGCUGUUACACAUGACAGAGGAGAGCCAUUAUCAGAUUUCCUGCCAUUCAUUUCCCCCCUUUUUCUUUUGAAAGAGCAGUUGCAGGGUGCUCAGAUGGCAAUCAAUGUAGUGGAGCUGGGAGGAAGUGUUUAGGCCUUCCCACCCCAAUCACUUUACUAAUAAUAAGUAAUUCCCUACUAGCGUCAGGGUAAGGUGGAAAUGUGGGCAUGAUAGAGGUAAGGUUGGCCACACAUAUAUAUAUUUGGGGUGGUGGUGAUGGUAAAUACAUAAAAAUGAGGUAAGCGUGCCAUUCCACGCUGUUUAUUUCCUCCCACCUGUACAUGCAGCAAUUUUUCCUUGCUUACCAGGCUCUGGGAAGAUAGUGGGAAGCUUCCAGAGCCUGGUAAACAGCCCUUGCCUUGUAUUGGGACGGGGACGGUUCUGGGGGUUCUUGACUGCGCAACUUUGUGCAUGGACGCCUGGAACAGAAACAUCGCUUUAAGUGGCGGGCCAGUUGUAUCUGUUUUCCCCCCCCGCCAUGGGACAGAAGUCAAUGGCAGGAGGGGACUAUAGGUGGGGGGAAACAGCAGGGGAAGGGAGGGCUUUAGCACCCCUUAGAGCCCAGCAUCACUGCUCCAGUUAAAGCAGGAUGCACCAAGGUUGCUUUAAAGUGUCUUGUUCUUUUUUUCCCCUUUUCUUUUUCUUUUUUAAAAACAAACCCAUAUCAGGAGACCUGAUACCCGUUUCACACAGAGUUUGGCCCCCAAGUUAAUUUAUUUUGAAGAAUAGGUGGGGCUUGCAGCUGAGAGGGGAGAGCUAAAUUAAAAUCAUGGUUGAUGUUGUGUGGGAACUAAUGAAAUCCCCCCCUCCUAAAUGUCACAGAACUAAUUACUUUCAUUUCAAAAGACUGAACUGGAAAGCAAGAAGUCCAUAUUUUCACAUAUUCUUCACAGGCUAGGGGUGCUGUACUUUGUACUCAAUGGAUCUGCUGAAGAGGGAAUGCUUUGAGCAGUGAAAAAAAUCUAUUUAAGUGCUGGUUGGUAUUUUGUUCUUUGAGUAAGUGACCUUCUAAAGCAUAGCUAUAUAGUCUGCGCCCAUAGAAAUUAUUCUGUUCAGUUAUUGCUUAUAAUUUUAUGAAACAUGGAACGGGCAAAAUAAAGACAGUCAAGGAAUACAACCUGAAACCAUUCUACUGACAAGAAUAGGCAGUUCUGACUGCUGCAAGCUAGGUUGUUGCUUAUGGCACCAGAUAGUUACAGCUGUAAGAAGAGGAACAAAUUAUAGUUUGAGUUUUUGCUUAUACUUUUAAUAUGUUUUAUUUCAUGUCAUAGUAAUUUUCAUGUGAAUAAGCAUUCCCUAGCAUACCAUCCAUGUUUGUUAACUUCUGCUCCAAUAAAGUAGUAAUGAAGCAAUGUAUGCAGAUAUUUUCUGUGCUUAGAUUCAUGUUUUGCGUCAGGCUGAUUGGUGGUGGCAAUUUCCAGAGUCCUCUAAGCUUGUCUUUUCUUUAACGCUAACCUAGUUCGCAAAAAUUGAAUGGAUUUCCCAAGGUAGCCAACAAGUGUUUGUUUAAUCUGAAAGCAAUAUUUUGCACUUGGUUUUUAUUUAUUCAUUUAGAGCAUUUAGUGCUCUUCAGCCAAUGGCUCCCAGAGUGGCUCACAUACAAUCAAACUAACACAGUGCCACUGUAGCUUAUAAUCUAGGGGGGUGGGAGGGAAAGGGACAGGGAGGGAAGAGAAAAGUAAAAAAAAAACAAAACUAAAGCACCAAUUUCUAAACAGGUGUGCUGUAAUGACCAGCUCGCACAGUAAAAGUUCAGGGAGAUGCCUGGUGGAGCAGGGCCUCCAGCAAAGCCAGUGAAAAGACCUCUUCCACUGAGUGAAAUACCUCUUCCACUGAGGCAGCCUGAUGGAAUGGCUACCCCCAAAUGGCAAUUAAGGGGAGAGGACAGUUGAGGGGUUCCAUUUCCCCUCUGGAUCUUCACCAUCCUGCUGUGAAUAAUACGUUUUGCAUGUGUCUUCUUCUUUGGUGAUCACUUGUAGCCGAGUAAGAUUGUCUUCAAUAAACACGAUUUUAACAAUGGGUCCAUAAGUGACUGUGGAGGCUAAUUCUGGAUCUACACAUCCUUCCACAGUGGGGACAUUGGUUUCUGGGUGGGAGUUGAUCACGGUGUGGAUUUGCAAAGCGUGCCUUCCUCUUAGCACGUUUCUCCCUUGCGUCCUGAGAUCGAGUGUCUUCAAAGCCCAUGACACCUUUGGUAAAGGCUGUUCUCCAACUGGAGCGCUCACAGGCCAGUGUUUCCCAGUUGUCGGUGUUUAUACUACAUUUUUUAAGAUUUGCCUUGAGACAGUCUUUAAACCUCUUUUGUUGGCCACCAGCAUUAUGCUUUCCAUAAUAGGGUAGUUGCUUUGGAAGACGAUCAUCAGGCAUCCGCACAACAUGACCAGUCCAACAAAGUUGAUGUUGAGGAAUCAUUGCUUCAACACUGGUGAUCUUUGCUUCUUUCAGUACUCUGAUAUUAGUUCGCCUGUCUUCCCAAGUGAUGUGUAAAAUUUUUCGGAGACACCGUUGAUGGAAUCUUUUGAGCACUUGGAGAUGGUGAUUAUAAGUGGUCCAUGUUUCACAAGCAUAUAGUAAGGUUGGUAGUAAGCAUUUUGGUUUCCCUGCGAAUGUCCCGGUCCUUGAACACUCUGCACUUCAAUUGGGAGAAAGCCGCACUUGCAGAGCUCAGGCGAUGCUGGAUUUUGGCAUCAAUGUUGGCCCUUGUGGAAAGGUAACUGCCUAGGUAGGAGAAGUGAUCAACAUUUUCCAACGUUACACCACUGAGUUGGAUUUGUGGUGCUGCAGAGGGGUUAUUUUGUACUUGUUGGUGCAGCACUUUGGUUUUUUGGAUGUUGAGUGAUAGGCCAAGCUUUUCAUAAGCUUCUGCAAAGAUAUCUAGGAUGGUUUGGAGGUAAUCCUUUAAGCGUGCGCACACUACGUUGUCAUCAGCAUACUGAAGCUCUAUGACGGAUGUUAGGUAAGGUAAAGGGGCCCCUGACCAUCAGGUCCAGUCGUGUCCGACUCUGGGGUUGCGGUGCUCAUCUCACUCUAUAGGCCGAGGGAGCCGGCGUAUAGCUUCCAGGUCAUGUGGCCAGCAUGACAAAGCUGCUUCUGGUGAACCAGAGCAGCGCAUGGAAACGCCGUUUAUCUUCCCGCCGGAGCGGUCCCUAUUUAUCUACUUGCACUUUGAUGUGCUUUCGAACUGCUAGGUGGGCAGGAGCUGGGACCAAGCAACGGGAGCUCACCCCAUUGCAGGGAUUCGAACUGCCGACCUUCUGAUCAGCAAGCCCUAGACUCUGGUUUAACCCACAGCGCCACCUGGGUCUGCGGACGUUACAGUAACCUUUUUGCUUUCAGCCUGCUCAGAUUGAAGAGCUUUCCAUCUGUUCGAUAUAUGAUUUCUACUCCGGUGGGGAGUUUCCCUUCGACAAAGUCUGUGCAUGUUUUGAGUACACGGCUUGUGCACACUUCAUUCAUUUCAUGUUGGCAAGCAUGAGAUGCAGUGCUGGGGAAACAAGCCUUCCUGCAUGGUAGUCAAGAGGGGCUUGUGGUAUCGUCAUAACCCUGCAGCUCAUAUCGUCUGUUGGAGGUUGCUGAACCUCUGCAAAGGGCGAAAAGUGGCAAAGUGCUCUCAGCGUAGGUCCCUUUGGAAGCAUUGCUGAAUGUCUGUCUUUACUUUAUUCGGUCACAGACCAGCAUAACCUAAAUAAAUAGCAUAACAGUAUGAAUCCAAGCAAAUAAUUAUUAAAUAAAUGGGAGCAAGAACCAACUGUAGAUUAAAACAUAUACAUAGAACAUUUGAUUAAGCAUAAAUAAUGGGUGAGUAAAAACUAAUAAGAAUUAAAAAGACUAAUUAAAACAGCUAUAUGGGGUGUGGAUUCAGUGAUACAGAUCUAACAAUAUGGGCCUUCAUUUUAGGACUGAUUUGUAGCAUAGACCAUCCUUUGAUGAGUAUCAUGGCAAUGCAGAAUCUGGCGACUGAAUAGUGACUUCUGGGCUUUCGUCCUAUAACAGUGAUGGGCAACCUUUUGAGCUUGGUGUGUCAAAAUUUGCCAAAAAACCGAGCAUAACUCGGGUGGUGUGUUACUUCGAGAAAAAACCCAUAAUUUCACGAUAUUUAUAGUUUAAAUAACAAACUGUAUAAUUGUAAUAUAUAACUGUAUUUAAUAAACCCAAAACUAAUUAUUUAACCAAACCAAACCAAACCAAAAACCCCUUAUUUAUCACAAAGUGCCCAGAGUUGUUGAGCUUUUUUGGGGGAGCUGCUGACCAAAGUUUUGGAGGUUUUUUGGGGGGGUGCAAAAGUUGCUUUGGUUUUUUUUGGGGGGAUACCCCAAAGCUGCUGCGCUUUUGGGGUGGGGAAGAGAACAGAAAUAAAUGAUGAAUAAUACCUUCGCUGGAACUAACACACAGCACCAACAUAGUCUGCCAAAGUGCCAAAAAAUCUAGCAUAGAACGGGUUAAAAAUGAAGCUGUUACACCCAAUCAUAGUUCUGGUUACAGGUAGGUAGCCGUGUUGGUCUGGAUCGAAGUAAAAUAAAAAAAUUCCUUCAGUAGCACCUUAAAGACCAACUAAG